AACAUUGGCGAUGUUGGAUGAAGGUGAUCACAGGACAGAACUUCCUCGCGUAUUAUCUAGUGCAGAUUACCAGAGAGCUGGAAAGCACCAAUUUGGAGAUGGGUUUAAAUUCCUUCCACUACAGGAAAGAGCAAUCAGGGAUAUGGCAUCCUCUCACACGGUGGUGAAGAUUGACAAAGGCAAGACGGAAUGUUGCAUUCUUCUAAUGCUUGCUGACAAGAUCUACAUCGACACCUGGGGAAUCAAAGACCACUGUGUCAGUUUGUUGGUAGUGCCGUGUUGGUCUGAGCUCAACUCCACUGUUGCUAGAAUUGAACAGGCAGGAUUAAAGGUCCGCUACAUCGAGGAUGGGGUCAACGAUCCUCUAGAAUAUGACGUUCUUGUCUUGCAACAGACGGCAAAUGAUUUUGGGCAAAUCCAUGAGCUUACCAAACAAAUUCGGAAGAGCGGAGAAUGCUCGGCACAUGUUCGUCGCGUUAUCAUAGAAGAUGCUCACUACUUGCAGAUGUCAUCUAUAAGCGAUAAUUCUAUCAAAGAUAUACCGUAUGCUUUCAUGUCGUCUUUCCUUGCUCCAGAAGCAACAUUGAUGGCAAACAUGAGCAUUGACAGCUACAAUGUAGUGGAAGACGAGGACAGACAAAUUCGACGCGUCGAAAUGCAAGUUGACGUUAAGGAAUCAGAGACUGAUGUGACCAACAAUGUAAUGCUGUACCUCGGCACUUUAGUACUGUACAAUUCCUUGAUUAUUGUCGACAAUGAUGCUAGAGUUGAACACUUGAUUGAAUUUCUCGACGAUCUUGUGCCGUGCAUAGGAAUCGUAGGAUCGUCAACACAAGAAAGGAGAGAAAAAGCCAAUGAGAUCAAAGAGGGAUUGAUGGAUGAAAAUGUGUGUGUAGUUGCUACUGCCAAGUCAUUGGUAGGUCUUGACUUCGAAGUGGAGGAGGUCAUAAUUGCGUACGCGGUCACGUCGGAGAUCUCAUUGUUGCUUGCGACCAAGAUGACCGAUAGCUUGGUCUAUUUGUGCUUGGUAAAGGACAGAAAUAGUGACUACCAACGAAAAUGUCUCUAUAGCAUCAUGCAAGAAUAUUUGCUAUUGAAGGCUUCAACUUGUGCCAACGAAGGUAGUAAUUACUGCUCCAAUUGUGAGGCUAGUUAGGUAUUUAGAAAUAAAGUAGACAAAAAGAGGUCUUUAACAUGAUCUUCUUGCUGUCACAUAUUUGGAUUUU